CUACUUGCCAUUCGCAAAACCCUAUCAGCCGCUUCACCAACACUCAGCUCCUCCGGUCGACACUGGGCUCCUCCCUUCAGGUAAAAGAUUUGUGUGGCAGUUUCCAGCAAUGGCUCCUAAAGCUGACACCACAAAAAAGCUUGAUACAAAGGCUCAGGCAGCCAAGGUUGCCAAAUUUGUCAAAUCUGGGACAGCUUUUAAGAAGAAAGCCAAGAAGAUCCGGACCAAAGUUACCUUCCAUCGUCCUAAGACAUUGAAAAAGGACAGGAACCCGAAGUACCCACGCAUCAGUGCUCCUCCUAGGAAUAAGUUGGACCAUUAUCAGAUUCUCAAAUAUCCUUUGACUACUGAAUCUGCCAUGAAAAAGAUUGAAGAUAACAACACCUUGGUUUUCAUAGUUGACAUCCGUGCUGAUAAGAAGAAAAUCAAAGAUGCAGUGAAGAAGAUGUACGACAUACAGACCAAGAAAGUGAACGCUUUGAUCAGGCCUGAUGGAACAAAGAAAGCGUAUGUUCGGUUGACUCCAGACUACGAUGCUUUGGAUGUGGCAAACAAGAUUGGAAUAAUAUGAACGAAUUUAGUCAUUGUUUUGUUCCGAUCAAAGAUACUGUUUUUAAGUGUGACAAUUUGCUAGGCUGUUUUCUCCUGAAUUGUAGUUCUGUUUUGGUAACUGAAAAUCUUAAUCAGCAUUUUCCUAUACUGGAGAUACCAUUAGUUUAAUUUCGAGGAAACUCAUGGUGUAGUGAAAAAUUUUGCCGUUUGUUCUUCCUACUU